CAAUGGAAAAGGCUUCAGACACCAAUCUUGCUUGCUGGAUGCUGGUUAACAAGAAAAACGGAGAAUAUCCCAAUUCGAAGCAAUGUCUUAGUACUUUAUCGAACUUUUGCUUCCUAACUUCCAUAAAGCUUUGAGGGGAGAGGGAGACACGAGACGAGGGGAGAAAAAUGAGGCGCUCUCAUCUGCUGCCAAUUGUGAGGUGCGUGGCAGCAGUAACGCUCCUCUCUUGCUGCUGCUGCUGCCUGGCUGCGGAAGGCGGCAGUGAGGUGGAUGGUAGCUCACUUCUCCUCCAAAGCCACCUCCGAAAGUCCACUGUCAUCUUCCCCAUGAACGGCAGCGUCUAUCCUGAUGGGCUUUUCUAUGUAACUAUGUGGAUUGGCAAGCCUCCCAAACCAUACUUCCUUGAUGUGGACACAGGGAGUGACCUUACUUGGCUCCAAUGUGAUGCCCCCUGCAUUAGUUGCUCUCAGGGAGCGCACCCUCUCUACAAACCAAAGAAGACCAACUUGGUUCCUUGUGGGGAUCCGCAAUGCAUUUCUUUGGGUUCACUAAGGGAGUAUGAAUGUGAAAAGCCAGACCAGCAAUGCGACUAUUUGAUUGAAUAUGCAGAUCGCAGUUCGUCACUCGGUGUCAUUGUGAAGGAAACCUUCUACCUUCGUUCUGCAAGUGGUACCCUGCUUCGUCCUUCUCUUUCAUUCGGUUGUGGAUAUGAUCAACGAGGCUCCUUAGCGAAUCUUCAAUCUGCUGCUGAUGGCAUACUCGGCCUUGGCAGUGGGAAACCGAGCAUUGUUUCUCAGUUGAAGGAUCAUGGAAUUGCCACAAAUGUGAUUGGCCAUUGUAUCAGUCCACAGGGAAAAGUAGGGUACCUUUUCUUUGGCGAUGAUCUUGUACCUUCUACUAAAAGUGCUACAUGGAUUGCAAUGCACAGCCAUCCAUCAGGGAAAUACUCCCCUGGACCUGCAGACCUGGUUUUAGGCAAGCAGCGGAUUAAAGAUCUUAUGGUCAUCUUUGAUAGUGGCAGCUCAUACACUUACUUCACUUCCCGUGUAUAUGAGGUGCUGCUCUCAGAGAUAAGCAAAGAUCUUUCAGGAAAGCCCAUCAAGAAAACGAGAGAGGAUAUAGCACUGCCCUUGUGCUGGCAAGGUCCAAAGGCAUUCACUUCUUUUUCUGAAGUCAACAAUUACUUCAAGCAAAUGGUUCUGGAAUUCAAGAACAGCAAGAAAGCUAAGCUUACAAUGUCGCCAGAAAAUUAUUUGAUCAUCACUGCACAGGGAAAUGUAUGCUUGGGCAUCCUGAAUGGAACUGAGGUAGACCUUGGCGACCUGAAUCUUAUUGGAGACAUCUCGAUGCAAUCACAUGUGAUCGUGUAUGACAACGAGAAUCAUCAGAUUGGCUGGGCGCCUGCAAACUGCAACAGGCUUCCAAUUUUUGAUGGUGCCACUCAGUUUUCAUCCCAGUGUCAUGGCGCAGAUGUCCCAGCGAACGAGUUCAAGCAGUGUCCUGCUGCUUACCUGAAACCAGCUGAGUCUGGCUGACUACCUUCCAAUAGAAAAAGGCUGACUAGUGUAGUAUACCAUUUUUUGGUUUGCACAAAAAUUAGUCACAGUCAUGGGAAAAGGGAUUAUACACAAUGUACGACGCAAAAUGAAAGUAUGACAAUGAAAGCCAUGCUCUUUACUA